UAAAUGCAAAGAAGAAGAUAUAACAAUUCACUCAAUUUUCUACAGUACCUGGCAUACCUGCCAUUCCUAAGCCAUCAGCCAUGUCUCCCUCCAAACCUCACAUUCUCGUUUACCCAUACCCAGCUUCAGGUCACAUCAUUCCCCUCCUCGAUCUCACCCAUCGCCUUCUCUCUCGCGGCUUAAACGUCACCGUCUUGCUCACACCUAACACCGUCUCUUUACUCGAUCCACUCCUCUCCUCCCGCUACUCCUCUUCUCUUCAAUCCCUCAUCUUCCCCUCUCCAGAAUCCCCAACAAGGCCAGGCUUUGUUUUUAACAUGAUGAGCUUGCGUGAUCUUCACUAUCCUCUUCUUCUUCAAUGGUUCCGAUCCCACCCAUCACCUCCGGUUGCCAUUAUCUCUGAUUUUUUUCUCGGGUGGACUCACCAAUUAGCUUCUGAGGUUGGCGUUGCUCGUGUUGUGUUCUCGUGUACAGGCGCCUUUGGAUUGUCCAUUUUCUUCACUUUAUGGCGGGAUCAACCCAAAAGAGAUGAUCCUCAUAACGAUAACUCAUUGGUCCAUUUUCCGAAUUUACCGAAUUGUCCUCACCUUCCUUGGUAUCAAGUCCCCACUCUUUACAGGACGAGUAAGCCAGGAGAACCAGUUUGGGAAUUUGUUAAAGACGUUGCGCUUGGUGAUAUUGCAAGCUGGGGAAUCGUUUUCAACACAUCCGCCCAUUUGGAACAAGUUUACAUUGAACACAUCAAAACCCAAGUGGGUCACGAUCGUCUUUGGGCAGUGGGCCCUCUUUUGCCUAAAGGCGAUGACUUGGCCGGUGGGACAACCACCAACCGUGGGGGGUCCAGCUCUGUGGCAUGUCACGAGGUGAUGACAUGGCUCGACGCUAGGAAGGAUGAAUCUGUUGUUUACAUUUGCUUCGGUAGUCAUGCAAUGCUGUCGAGGAAGCAGAUGGAAGAGUUAGCUACUGCCGUGGAAAAGAGUCAGGUUAAUUUUAUAUGGGGCGUGAAGCAACCAAAUGAAAGACACGUGGCAGGUGAUUACGGUAUCAUCCCCAAAGGGUACGAAGAUCGUGUGGCUGGGAGGGGAUACAUUAUCAAGGGAUGGGCUCCACAGGUGGAGAUACUACGGCAUCGAGCGGUGGGCGUGUUCUUGACUCACUGCGGGUGGAACUCCACGUUAGAAGGAGUUGCCGCUGGUGUUGUGAUGCUGACAUGGCCGAUGGGUGCGGAGCAGUUUGUAAAUGCUAAAUUACUUGUUGAACAAUUAGGGGUGGGAAUCCGAGUUGGCGAGGCGAUUCAUAACAUUCCGGAGUCAACGGAGUUGGCUCGAUUGUUGAUUGAGUCACUAGAUGACCGCAGACCACAGAGAGUGAAAGCAAAGGAGUUAAGAGAUGCAGUGCUGGGUGGGGUGGCCCAAGGAGGGAGUUCUGAUAAAUAUUUGGAUGAGUUUGUGAGGAGUUUAAAUGAACUUCAAAGUCCAAAAGUUCUAACUAAACAAAGCUAGAACAGUUUGUAAUUGAAUCUGUUGACAAAAGAUGUUUGUAGCAUUUAUAUCUAUGUUGUUAAGAAGCACCAAGAAUGAAAAAAACCUAUGAAUAUUUGCUGCAUAUGUACAUGCUGCUCUCUCAUUUUCAUUUAUUUAUAAACGUUGUACAGAUUUAUAAAUAUGUAU